AUGUCAUCGAUCAGUUCCAUCACCUCUUCAGACCCCAUGUCACUGCCAGCACGCGUACAAGUAGAUAUAAAUGCCAUACAAGAUGAGGAAAGGCCUCAACAGGUUGGAGGUACGACUUUCAACAUGUGGUAUCUCAACUGGUCAGGUGGAGGAGGUGGUAUGAAUUCUUCAGCUACUGAUUCAUUCACGCGAUCGAAAUACAGAGUCAAGGUUACUCGCGAUCAAGGAUAUACAAGAGCAAGAGAUGCAUCCCCAGUAUGCUUGUUUUUUAGCAGGGGAUGUUGUUAUAUGGGAUCCAACUGUAAAUACCUCCAUAAUCUACCAAGCAAAUCAACGUAUCAAAAUCAGGCCAAGGACUGUUUCGGAAGAGACAAAACUGCCGAAUACAACGAUGACAUGGAUGGCGUGGGUUCAUUCAAUAAUUCCAAUAGGACCUUAUACGUUGGUGGCAUACAAAUGAGACCGAAUAUCGAGGAGUUGGUGACCAAAAAUUUCGAAGAGUUUGGUGAUAUCGAGAAGGUCAGGGUCGUAUACAACAAGAACUGUGCAUUUAUCACUAUGAAGACAGAGGCUGAUGCGCAAUUUGCCAAGGAGGCCAUGAAUAGACAGUGUUUAAUCAAUCCAGAGACUAAUAGUAGUAAAAGCAAAGAAGUACUACAUGUACGAUGGGCACAUCAAGAUCGAAAUCCUGAAGCACAAAAACACACCAAACGCAAAAUGGAGCAAUUAGCGAUGGAUACAGUAAAAUCACUAUUGAGCAAUGAAACUUGUAAACGUGUCAAGAUGGGUGAAGAUAGAAUUUCGGAUAAAUCUCCGCUUGAGGUCGUUAAAGUGGAGCUUGAUAACAGGAAUGAUGAAGAAGAAGAUGAUGAUGAUGACGUCGAUCUGGACGAUGAAGAUGAGGAAGAGGACACCGUACCAGAAAUUAAGCCCAAUAGUAAUGGAAAACUACAUCGUGGUAAUAUGCCCAUCAGGAAUAAGGCGGUAACUGCAAACGGCUCCAGUCAUCAUCGUCAUCAUCUUCUGCAGCCACACAAUUAUAGCUAUGACACCAGUAAUGGUAAUGGUUACGGACACUCGCAAAAUGGUUCUAGUCGAAAUCAUAGUAUUGGAGAACAUAGUCAUAGUGGUGGUGCCACUAGUGAUGAGAUCAGACAAGAUUUCUUCGAAAGACACGGAUUAGUUAAUCAAUCAACUUUGAAAGAUUUGGCUGAGUUACGCAAAAGGAUGAAAACCACUCGACACGAACCUAAUUUGAUUUCUGUUUUGGGUAAUUACUCAAGUGAUGAAGAUGACGAUUGA